AUGGCCUACCUGGUGUCGGCCACCAAUACCACCAACGUGAACAUUCCUCAGAUGGCUGACACACUAUUCGAGCGAUCCACCAACGCCAGCUGGGUGGUCGUCUUCAAGGCCCUCGUCACCAGUCAUCACAUGUGUGUCCACGGCAACGAGAGGUUCAUUCAGUAUUUGGCUUCCAGGACCUCCUUGUUCAACCUCAGCAAUUUUAUCGACAAAACUGGCUCUCACGGCUAUGACAUGUCCACGUUCAUCAGACGGUACGGACGAUACUUGAAUGAGAAAGCGUUCGCCUACCGCCAGAUGGCUUUUGACUUCACCAGAGUCAAGAAGGGUGCUGAGGGCGUGAUGAGGACCAUGACCACUGAGAAGCUGUUGAAAGGCAUGCCUGUUCUGCAGACUCAGAUUGACACACUCCUGGAGUUUGACGUUCAUCCCAAGGAGCUGAACAAUGGGAUCAUCAAUGCUGCAUUCUUGCUUCUCUUCAAGGACCUGGUCAAACUGUUUGCGUCCUACAAUGAUGGCAUCAUCAAUUUAUUAGAGAAAUACUUCAAGAUGAAGAAGAGUGACUGUAAAGAGGCGUUGGAGAUCUACAAGAGGUUUCUGACUCGGGUGACAAAGAUUGGGGAAUUCAUGAAGCUGGCCGAGACAGUUGGAGUUGACAAAAAUGACAUUCCUGAUAUCAACUACGCUCCCAGCAGUAUUUUGGAGUCUCUGGAAACACACAUGAAUGGUCUGGAGGAUACAAAGGGAGGAAAGAAGGGUGAAGGGUCACCAACAAAGGGAUCUCCGACAAACAACGUAUCUCCAACAUCGACUCCAGCCAAAUCUUCAAACGCUGUCCCUGCACUGCAGCCUCCUCCUGGGGAGAGUGCUGGUGCUGCUGCCGCCCCCUCUUCUGCUCCUGAGCCAGCCGAAGACUCCCUGUUGGAUCUGGAUCCUCUGUCCUCCUCGGGCCCUUCAGCACCAUCAGCUGCCCCCACAUCUUGGGGCGACCUUCUUGGAUCGGAAAUGGGCGACUCCUUGCUAUCUGAACCCACCCUCACAGCAGAGCCUGCCCCCUCCUCUGCAGCAGCGACACCCACUCCUGCAGCGGCAGAACCCGGGGUCUCUCUAGCUCCUCCCACUAGCACAGCAGCUGCCACCUCCCCUGGUGCCGCCAAUAUGGAUCUGUUGGGAGAUGCCUUUGCAACACCUGCUCCUGCCGCUGAGGCCUCUGCAGCAGCAGCAGCAGCAGCAGCACCUGAGGGUGGGGCUGCAGCUACAUCUGCCCCAGCCGCCAACACUGGAGCUGACCCCUUUGCUUCCUCAGAGGGAAACGUCAACGCGGCAUCCUCAGGCGUCGACCUCUUCAGCAUGAUAACUGUGGAGAGUAAUAACCCGGGUAGUUCCCUGGAUGCCUGUUUUAGCUCUGUGGUGCCCCAGUCCUCGCCCUCUCCUUCCCCUUACCCGCUCUUCACUUCUUCAUUCAGCACCAUCACCACCACUGCAACCAUUUCACCUCCCAUUGCCCCCAGCGCUCCUGACCCUACGACUGACCUUUUAAGCGAGUCAACAGGAGGAGACGCAUCAGCUGCCGCUGCUGCUGCUCCUGCUGCCCCCGGUGCUGAGCUCAUGUCAGUAUUUGACGGACUAGGGGACGUCAUGAAGCCUACUGUGACUCCCCAAGCCGGCGAUGUUGACACCUCUAUGGCUAACAUGGCGAGUAAUCUCACGAUGGGAACCGCAGCAGCCCCUCAGGCCGGGGCUCCCAUGAUGCCCAUGGUGAGGCCAGGAUUCCCAGCCACCGGAGCAGCAGCCCCUGGAGCACCGAUGUCUCCUGGAGCGGCCCAGAGUCCCAGGAAGCCUCCACCACCGAGGAAUGCUCUGGAUGACCUCAAUAUCAAAGACUUCAUGUAGGCCGACUGAUCCGGAAACCCCCGAGGUUUAUUGUAUGUGGAGCUCCGUGGAUGUGGAUGUCUGCACUCCCCCCACUGCCUCCCCUCAGUCACGCCCCAGUCCUUCAGCCAACCAGCCAUCAAAUCUACGAUCUUUGCCCUCUGACCUCCCACCAGCUGCGAUCCCCUAAAAACGAAACCUGCCCUCCUUAUCUAAUGUUGUAGCACAACUGUGAAUGUGAACCCUAGAUACAGAAAACAAGAUUCUGUUUACGUGUGUGUGGGUGUGUGUGUAAUUCGGUGUUAUCCUUUACUUAAUAUACCACUGGGAAAAAAAUGAACAAAAAAAAAAAGAUAAAUGUGUAUUUAGAUUCACUCUGAAUAUCUGCAUAUCAGCUGACUUGGAAUGGUGGAUAUAUGUUGGGUUUUUUGCGCAUCUCCCAUAUGAGGACUGUGUUGUUAAAUGUGGACUGUGUUCAGUGUGUGUAACUUCACUGGCCAACCCCCCUCCCACCCCUCAACCCCACUCCCACUCCAAACUAAUAUUGAGCUGUGUUUAUGUCAUUUAAGACUUGGUUGUUUCUAUAUCUGCCUGCCCAUCCACCCAUCCUCCCACCUGUUGCUGUUUUUAAAAACAAUUCUUAUCUAAAAACAACUCCAAAUCUGGAUUCAUCACGGAACACGUGGAACAGUGUGCAGUUUCGUCUUUACUUUAUCUUUUUGUUUUUGGUAGGGAACUGUAUGGACCUGCGAAACACUUGUGAACUGUGUUCAAAUUGACAUAAUGCGUUUUAGACAAUUUUAAAUGAUUAUAGAUUAUACAUAUUUUCUUUAUUUUGAGAGUAUACAAUAUAUCAUAUAUUUUUUAUUUAUGUCAAGGUUGAAAAAAAGAAAAAAAAAGAAGUCAAGUCUCCAAAUCUUUCCCUCCUUUGAACAUGUACAUUUCAAUCUGAAGUCAGAGUGAGUAUUGAAUGGACACUUUGUCCCAAGUUUAUCUAUUGUUCCCUCUUCUGGUCUGGAGUGAUAUUGCAUUCUAGCAUGCAACACAAGUCCACCUGGGAUGUGCUCUGUGUCGCGCUCUCUAAGAGCUUUGUUUCAUCGACUCCGUCUCCACAAAAACUGACUAAACGUUAGGGUGGAAGUCAACGAGACGAGUUAUGUGGCCUCAGACGCAGCCGUGGCCCGGUGCAUUUGUUCAUUUACUGUUACUGGAACUGUCUUGGGGACUCAUUCCGUAAGAUACUCACGUUUAUGCUGAAUGUUCUGUGUGUUGUUUUCUGUUUUGUUUUUUUUCUCCCCCUCCCACCCUCUCCCAAAAGUGACUGUAUCUUAAUCCAUUGUGACAUUUAACAAAGUGUUGAAAGAAAAAUACAGAUGACUAUGAAACACAAGGUCAAAAAAGAAUGUGGUAAAUGAUGUUUAAUAAGUAUUCAUAUGACGGCUGUGAUGUUUUUAUUUUUAUUUUUGGGUUUUAUGGAUGGCAUCACUCCCCACACCCUCCCUCAGCCCAACCUGCAUGUGAGUCCAAAUGAGAUGCAAUAAAAGAAAAAUACACUGAUCCAAA